AUGCACUGGCGGCGUGGCCACUCAGGGCGCGCCUGCCCUGCCCUCGCCCGCUCCACCGCUCUUCCCACCAGCUCGCCGCCCGGCACCCAACGCUGCGUCGCUGCUGUUGUGCCUGUGACGGCAGCGCGACCAACGCCCCCCGAUCGCUAUCCUGCUCAAGUGCUAGGCCCAACGUCGCCGCACGCAACAGGCAAAGCAGGCAGCGCGCGCAGCCAGCGCUGGCCUCUGGAGGACCGCCGACGCCGCGCGAGGGCAGCUCCUCGUCCCUCCCCCAGCGAGCCAGGCCGAUCGGCUGGCGCCUGGCUGUUCGCGGCUUAGCACGGUCAGCGCCCGCGCAUCGGCCCCGUCUGCAAAAGGGCUCUUGGAACCAUGGCCCCAACGCAACACCUGGGCAUGGAUGGGCUCAGUGCACAGUGCACACACACUUGCGCCCGCUGUUUUAUCCAGCUCCCCUCCUCCUCGACCGCCCGCCCGCGUCCUCGAGCCAUGAUGAUAAACUGCCCUCGUCCGGCCGCCGCCCUGCCACGGCUGCCGCUCCCACAGGGGCGCGCCGCUCGCCAUGCGCUCGCGCGCUGCUGACAGCUCCAAUCCGCUGCAAUGGAUACGGCAGGGUGGCCCUCCAAGCACUUGAAUGCUCGCGCACCCGAAGGUCGUUUUCCCACAAUAACACAGGCCCAGCUUGGCCCCUUCUGGCCUAGCGCCUCUCGCGGCCAAGCCCUCUUGCUUCUCUCUCAGGAUGCGUGCGCUCUCCUCUUCGUUCUACCUGACAACCCGACUCUUCUGACUCCCUCCUCGCCGCCGUGCCCCACCCCCUCAGCUGCCCUCUCUGCUAACUCAGGCUGUCCUGUCGCCCGUCUCUCUUCUCUUUGAUCGCGUCCUCGGCUCCCUUUGUUGCCGCUCCCUGGACCGACGCCUCAAGAGCCGCUUCCGCCCAUUCCUGCUCCUGUCG